GCUGAAUCGCCGCCACUCCUUCACAGCCUAACACCGACCGACCGACCGAGCGAUCCUUUCUUCUAUACCUCUACCCUAAACGAAUAAAUAAAUCCACCCGCCCAUGACAUUCCCUCGCCGACCCCCCGGCCGUCGCCUCCCGUGGAUCUGCCUCCUCGGCCUCCUCUUGACGCUGUACGUAUUUUUCGGCCGCACCACCACCACCUCAACCACCUCCCGACCCGACCAUGUCCCCCACAAUGCGACAGCCCCCUGCCCGGCACUCCCAGGGAUGGACAACAUGCUGGUGAUCCUAAAAACCGGGGUGACGGAAGCGCGCGAAAAAGUGCCCACCCACCUCCAAACCACCCUGCGCUGCGUCCCCCACUACGCCAUCUUCUCCGACUACGCGGAAGAGAUCAACAACGUACAAGUCCACGACAUCCUGCGCACCGUCCCAGACCCCGUCAAGUGGAUGAACCCCGAGUUCAACGUGUACCAGCGAGUACGCCAGGCGGGACGCACGGCGCUGACGACGGCGGACCUGAACGAGGACGUGAACGGGGUGUUUGGCAAGCCGAACAAUCCCGGGUGGAAGCUGGAUAAGUGGAAGUUUCUACCCAUGAUCGAGGAGGCGUUGAAGGUGCGGGAUGACGCGAAGUGGUACGUGUUCAUGGAGGCCGAUACGUACUUUGUGUGGCGGAACCUGGUGGCCUGGUUGGAGCAGUUUGACUCCUCGAGGCCGUAUUAUCUGGGCAAUCAGAUGCAGAUUCUGGAUGUGUUGUUUGCGCACGGCGGCUCCGGGAUUGUUCUGUCCAGACCGGCGAUGGAGGCGGCGGUACGGACGAGACGGAGCGACGUGGCGCGGUGGGAUGCGAUUACGCGCGACAACUGGGCGGGUGAUUGUGUGUUGGGCCAGUUACUGGCAGAGUCUGGGGUGGGAUUGCUCUGGUCGUGGCCGGCGCUGCAGAUCGGGCCGCCAGGGGAGAUGGACGCGUUCUCGCCGGACUACUAUAAGACGCCGUGGUGCUAUGCGCCCGUGACGUUCCAUCACCUGCGGCCGCGCGAGGUGGAGGAUCUGUGGCGGUUGGAUCGCGAGUGGUUUGGGGCUGGGAAUGAGCUGCUGCUGUGGAGGGAUGUAUUCCUGCGCGCGGUGCGCUCGCAGCUGAUGGGCGUGCGGUAUGACUGGGACAAUCGCGUGGCGCCGCAGAACUCGAUCUCCAGUCGCAGUCGCAGCUCGGUCGAGUGUCGGCGCAAGUGCAUGAGUGAUCCGGACUGCGUGCAGUAUGCCCAGGAGAGCGAUACGUGCUGGCUGUCGGCGACGGCGAAGUUGGGCACGGCGGCGACGGGCGUCAUCUCGGGCUGGAUCCCCGAGAGAAUCGAUGAGCUCGUGCAGGACAUGGGCGAGUGUUCGCAGGCGCAGUGGGUGGUUUGAUUGGAUGUUCACGCAUUAUGGUUCAUG